UUGACUAAAACCCGAGACAUUUAACUUGAUGGAUUUUUGCAUGUUAGGAGAAUAGAUUGAUAUAACUUGAGUUUUUGGUCUUUUAAAGUGGUUGUUUUAAUAGUAUUUAAAAUAAUGGAGACAUUGGAAAGCAUAGGUCCUCUCCAACAAGAGUUGACAAGAGAAUUGAAUGUGGAGAACCACCUUUAUCUCCCGCCACUGCCUCCUAGCGAAGAGCCUCCACCACCUCCCCUGCAAACGUCCAGUGACGCAGACGUAAUGGACGUUGGCUCUGGUGGUGCUGGACAGUCAGAUACCCCUCCUGCUGGGGACAUAUACGCCCACUUCGGACCCCAGCUCCUCACCAAAGGAUCUGCUCCCUACAAAAGCCGCCUCUGCAUAGACCCAGACAACUGUGACCUAAGCCCAAGAACAGCUCGCCACGCCCCAUUAGUUCGAAAAUUCAUCCCAGAUCUUAGGUUGCUUAAGGAUGUUAAGAUUAGUGUCAGCUUCACUGAAAGCUGCAAAAGCAAAGACAGAAAGGUUCUUUAUACUGGAGCUGAACUAGACGAUAAGGCUGAGGCAGCUUUUAGUAUAAAUGAUGUCAAAGGAGAUUUCCAUGUGUGUCCUUUUGAUGGUAGUCAUGGGAACAUAGUAGGAGUAGUGGGUGAGAGUGUAGACAAGAGGGAUGAGGAAAAUGAGAUUGAUCAGGAAAAGAGAGUGGAGUAUGCAGUACUGGAUGAGUUAGAAGAUUUUACUGACAAUAUGGAAAUAGAGGAAGAAACAGGAGGGUUCACAGCUAAAGCAAUUUCUCAACGAGAUAAAGUGGAUGAAGACACCUUGAAUUUCUCCUAUGAGGAUGAUUUUGACAAUGAUGUGGAUGCACUCCUAGAAGAGGGCCUUUGUGCUCCCAAAAAGAGAAAAAUUGAGGAAAAAUAUGGAGGGGAGAGUGAUCAUCUCUCUGAUGGAGAAACAACUGUGCAGCCAAUGAUGACCAAAAUAAAGACCGUCCUUAAAAGCCGUGGCCGCCCGCCUACAGAACCAUUACCUGAUGGAUGGAUCAUGACAUUCCAUAACUCUGGAAUUCCUGUCUAUCUGCAUAGAGAAUCUAGAGUUGUUACCUGGUCCAGACCAUACUUCUUAGGAACAGGAAGCAUAAGGAAACAUGAUCCUCCCCUGAGCAGCAUUCCUUGCCUACAUUAUAAGAAAAUGAAGGACAACGAAGAAAGAGAACUCAGCAAUGACAUCACCCCGAUUGGGGAUGCUUCUCCAAUCAAGUCCAUGGAGAAAGCUUCAGAGUUGGACAGCCAGACUGAGGAGCCAGAUUCCACAGCUGUGGACUCUGGAUCCCUUGAUGAGAAAGAACCUCUAGGAGGAGACACAGCCCAAGGAGCCUUAGGACAAGUUAAGGCCAAAGUGGAAGUGUGUAAAGAUGAAUCUGUUGAUCUUGAGGACUUUCGAAACUAUCUGGAAAAGCGUUUUGAUUUUGAGCAAGUUACUGUGAAAAAGUUCAGGACUUGGGCAGAAAGACGCCAAUUCAAUCGUGAGAUGAAACGUAAGCAGGCAGAGUCUGAGAGGCCCAUCCUGCCUGCCAACCAGAAACUCAUUACUCUGUCUGUGCAUGAUGCGCCCACAAAGAAAGAAUUUGUUAUUAAUCCCAAUGGGAAGUCAGAAGUCUGCAUACUACAUGAGUACAUGCAGCGAGUCCUCAAGGUUCGCCCUGUUUACACUUUCUUUGAAUGUGAGAACCCAAGUGAGCCUUUUGGAGCCUCAGUGACUAUUGAUGGAGUGACCUAUGGGGCUGGAACUGCAAGCAGCAAAAAGCUUGCAAAGAACAAAGCUGCCCGAGCCACACUGGAAAUUCUCAUCCCUGACUUUGUUAAGCAGACCUCUGACGAGAAACCCAAAGACAGCGAAGAACUUGAGUAUUUUAACCAUAUCAGUAUUGAAGACUCCCGGGUGUAUGAAUUGACCAGUAAGGCGGGACUUCUGUCACCGUAUCAGAUUCUCCACGAGUGCCUUAAAAGAAACCACGGAAUGGGCGACACAACCAUCAAGUUUGAAGUGAUCCCUGGAAAAAACCAGAAGAGUGAAUAUGUGAUGACUUGUGGGAAGCACACUGUCCGAGGCUGGUGUAAAAACAAGAGAGUAGGGAAACAACUAGCCUCUCAGAAAAUCCUUCAACUUCUGCACCCCCAUGUCAAAAAUUGGGGCUCUUUAUUGCGCAUGUAUGGCCGGGAGAGCAACAAGAUGGUAAAACAGGAAAUGUCCGAUAAGAGCGUCAUCGAACUUCAGCAGUAUGCCAAGAAGAACAAGCCAAACCUACACAUUCUGAACAAGCUGCAGGAGGAGAUGAAGAAGCUGGCACAGGAGAGGGUGAGGGACAGAUCUAAACCUCGUAUGUUGCUCUACAUGGAAUAUGCCAUCAUCACGUACGAUCGGAAGAUUGUGAAGGGGAAAAAAGAGUAA